AAUUUGAGAUGCUGUCUGUCUUCAUCGCUCUGUUAUCGACUGCUCGCGUCUGUUCGAUGCUCCUCGUGCUCGAUGCUCGAUUACUUCUCAUUUGAAGUUGCGCGCCAAAUGCUGCUUUGACAGUGCUGUUGUUUUGACAUGUUCCUCUUUAUUUUCUAUUAGCUCUGUUUGCCCAUUUAGAGUUCACUCAUAAACAAUAAAAAUGGACUCGCAAUCCUACAAGCCUGUUCCCCCGGGGAUCGGAAUGGAGGAGAAUAUGUUUUCUCUCGAUGAUAUUUUACUCGAGAAAUCCAGCGAGACACGCGACAUACCAGAGGGCACAAAGAUGGAGAUGCCACUGUGGCUGGCCAAGGGCCUGUAUGAAAGGAAGAGGCGAGUGCUGUCCAUGGAACUGCCAAAGGUGUAUCGUGAGGGUUGGAGAACAGUGUUCGGGGCAGAUCCCAUUGUUGUAGACUUGCACAAAAUGGGGCCAUAUUACUAUGGUUUAGGCUCCCAGAUGCUACAUUUUGACAGCCCAGAAAACCCAGAAAUUGCUAAUACCAUCCUCCAGACCUUCAUCUGUCGUUUCCGUCGGACCAUGGACUCGUCCCAGAACGCCUACAAUGAAGACACAUCAGCGCUGGUGGAACGCUUGGACUGCUUAGAGAGGAGCUUGUUUAAGGCAGGCCAGAGUGGACUAAACAGUUUCCAACUGUGGGAAAAGGGCCGGUCCUCUCACCUCACUGCCUCUAGUCUAGUUAUCAACUACAGAAAGAGGAAAAUUACAGACCUGCAGGCCUGAAAGACCAAA